AUGACUGUCUUUAAACACCAUGGUGAAAUGUCAACGGAGAAAAGAAGUGAGAAUGGUUUUCGUGUUGUGCGUUUGGGAAGGAGGUUUGGUCGAUUUUAUAGACAGAGAUCGUGGCAUUGGGUGUUUUUCCUUGCUGCACUCUUUUUGAUGUGUUCUGUUCCCUUUGCCUUCAAAUUCUUUUCUCAUGGUAACUUGGAAAAUAGGGCAUCAAAAACGCGAGAAGUGCAAGAAGUAAUAUCUGAGUGUAAGAAAUUGCGAGCUUAUUCUUCUGAUAGCUUUACAGUAGUAAAUUCUGGAAGCUUUUCUGGCUGUUUGACACCAUUCUUCUUCUCUUUCCCCCCCAUUAAUCUUUCAGAUCUUCCUUGCACAGUCGGAUUCUCAGAGUCAGUUACUGAGAUUGUUGAGCUCAAGGAUUUUAUGAAUUUCUCUAGAUUUUCGCUAGACUACAUUGAGAAGGAAGAUAAACCUUCUACAACCAACUUUUUUGAACCUAGAUUUGGAGGACAUCAGAGUCUUCAGGAAAGAGAAAAAUCCUUCUAUGCGGAAAAUCAAACUCUUCAUUGUGGAUUUGUUAAAGGACCGCCUCAAUUUCCAAGCACUACAUUUGAUUUGGAUGAAAAGGAAAGGACAUACAUGAAUACUUGUGAGGUUGUGGUAUCUUCUUGCAUCUUUGGGAGCUCUGAUUUUCUGAGGAGGCCUACCAGUCGGAUGAUUAGUGAAUUUUCCAAGAAAAAUGUUUGUUUUGUCAUGUUUGUGGAUGAGCAAACACUAUUAACACUGUCUUCAGAGGGUAACAUUCCUGAUGACGAAGGACAUAUCGGUUUGUGGAGAAUUGUUGUUGUUAAGAACUUACCAUAUAAGGACAUGCGGAAAACUGGAAAAGUGCCAAAACUUUUACCGCAUCGUCUCUUUCCUUCUUCUAGGUAUUCGAUUUGGCUUGACAGUAAGCUGCGACUUCAGGCUGAUCCAAUGCUUAUAAUUGAAUUCUUUUUGUGGAGAAAAAGGUCAGAGUAUGCCAUUUCAAAUCAUUAUGUUCGCCAUUGUGUAUGGGAAGAGGCACUCCGAAAUAAGUUUCUGAACAAGUAUAACCACACGGCCAUUGAUGAACAGAUUAUAUUUUACCAGUCUGAUGGCCUCACCAAGUUUGACCCUUCUGAUCCAAAUAAUCCUCUUCCUAGUUAUGUUCCUGAAGCUUCUUUUAUUGUCCGGGCUCAUACACCAAUGUCAAAUUUAUUUUCAUGUCUCUGGUUUAAUGAAGUUGAUCGAUUCACAACGCGUGAUCAAUUAAGCUUUGCAUAUACGUACUUGAAAUUGAGGAGAAUGAAUCCAGAAAAACCUUUCUACCUGAAUAUGUUUAAGGAUUGUGAACGUAGGCAGAUGGUGAAGCUAUUCAAGCAUCGACAACUAUCACCUCCAUCUGUUACUUAA